UAUUGGAAAUUUACAUCACCGGUUUGUUUUUGUUUUGAAAUUAAAUUUAGGCUUGUGUAGCAUGCACUUUUUAUCUAGAUCUAGACUCGAUCUAAGAAGUGAGAAGUUGCUUAAUGUUUAAUAAGGUGAAUAAUCGAUUUCAUUAAAUAAUUCAACCUAAAAUGGUCAGCUAGCUCUUAUUAUUAACUAUGAAUGGAUAUAGAUAUAAAUAUAAGGCACAAAUCAAAACAAAAUGCUUGCUGUGAAAUGGACAAAGGUGACAGUCCACACAAUGUUGACCAUGAAAUGACCAACUGUCCACCACCAAUUCAACAUGGAGCAGAGCUGGAUGAUUUAGUGACUGGGCAGAAUUUAGAGUUAGAAACUGUUGAAAAUGCCACUUCUUCUGAUAAUGGGAGUGACACCAGUGAUUUCCAAGAAAUAAACAUGUGUGAUCAGAUAGAUGACGAAGGGCCUGCAGAUCUUGAAAGUAACGACAGCAGCACUAAUGAUGCAAGUGAUUUUGAAAAGAAUAAAGAUGUAGAUUUAGAAGAGAACAUUGACUUUCCUGAAAUGGAUGAGUCCAAUAUUGAGGAACAGCCAGAACAAAAGUCUGCUACAGUGGAUAAGACUGCCUCAGUUGGCACAAGUAUCUUGAGACACAGACUUGACCCCGAACCUCCUCGAGAUGAUGACAAAACUAAAGCAGCAGCUGAAGAUGCAGGUCCAAGUGGGUCUAGUGAGAAAAGAAAGAUAGCAAUGAUAAAGAAAGCUUUGGAUUCUAAUCCAGUGGAUAUAGAAAGUUUACGGAAACUGGCUAUAAGCCCAGGUGGUCUUAUCAAUAAGAGUAUGCGACAGAGGGCUUGGCCGUUAUUGAUAAAUGUCAAUACCAACAACAUAACUCCCAAACCUUCUCAUGAGGAGAUGGUAGCUUUAUCACAAACUUACAAUCAGGUUGUGAUGGACGUAAAUAGGUCUAGUAGCAGAUUUCCUCCAGGCAUUGACGACCAUGUACGUAUGUCAAUGAAAGACAAACUGGUGGAUUUGAUUAUGCGGGUUAUGUUGAAGCGCAAAGACUUAAAGUAUUACCAGGGUUUCCACGAUGUCUGUAUAACAUUCCUGUUGUGUAUGGAUGAAGAUCUUGCCUUUGCUAUGGUGGAUAAACUAGCCAUGGGCUACAUGAGAGAGUAUCUAGAUGAAACAAUGGAGAGAACAUCUUUAUUAUUGAACUAUGUGUACCCUCUAGUCAACAAGUGCAAUCCUGAGCUGUGUCAGCACAUGGAAAGAAGCGGACUGGGCACAAUAUUUGCCCUGUCCUGGGUGAUCACAUGGUUUAGUCAUGUGCUGGGGGACAUCAGGAGAAUUCUGAGAGUCUUUGAUUUCUUCCUGGCAUCCCAUCGGCUGAUGCCGGUUUACUUAUCGGCUGCUUUUGUUCUACACAGAGAACGAGACAUCUAUGAAGCUGGUGAGGAAAUGGGGUACAUCCACAAAUGUCUUUCAACUAUCCCACCUGACCUCCCCCUUGAGUCUCUAUUGGAACGGGCCGGUGACCUUUACCUUCAGUAUCCCCCUACAGAAAUCAGCAGUGAUCCCAUGCUUAUAAGAAUGAACAGACAAGUAUUUGAACACUUCAACCGUAUUGACAGUCGGAAUGCAUCUCGAAGGCUUGCACAGCAGGCCACUGACACACGUAAUAGUCUGUUUGUCAAGGUGACAAUGUGGACAGUGACGGCAGUAGUUGGAGUGGCAGCAGCAGUGCUAUAUCAUGCAUACAGUGGUCAUGAGUGGGACUUGUGGAACUCUUUAUCCUAACAUUACUUAGUUUGGUAUGUCUGACUAAAAAAAUCUGGAGUAUGUUGUGAAUAGGGUGAAAGGGCAAAGUUAGCUUUGGUGUACAAAGUUAUGUAAAGUAGGAAUAAAUGAAACAAUAGUUAUUUAAAUACUAUAUUUUAAAAGUUGUAUGUGGAAGAAUUGUAACUUCUAUCAAAUAUAAACUUAUUUUUAGGAGUAUUUUCACUUAUAAAUGAGAAUGUUACUUGAAUGUUUGGACACACAUUGCCAGCCAUAUUGUUGCAUUUCUUAGAUUUAACUUUUUAUAUUUAUUUAAAAAGAAACACCACAAUGUAAAAAAUGUCAUAUUGUUUGUUCAUUUAUUCAAAAGUGAUAUACUUGACAAUGUUUUUUUCUUGUUCUUUAUUGAACUUCGUAGUUCACAGCACAAGUCUGUUUUAUUCAAUGAUGAGCAAGCAUUGCAACUUAUUUCUUUAGUAAGAAAUAUUUGUACAAAUUGGCUUUUCUUCAUUUUUUUCUUCAUUUUUAUGUUUUUUUAGAGUGCUUUCUGUGUUAGCUAGCUACUUUGAUUGUCUAUUGUAUACUUUAUCAAAAUAUUUCUCUAACUUCUGUCAUAUUAUUUGUCUUUACAUUUUUUAAAACCACUUGUAUCGAUUAAUGAGGAGUUUUGUAUUUUAUCUAUUCCAUAUUUUAUUUAGAUUCUUUAGUCUUUUCAUGGUAAAAUUGAAAUGUUUUCAUUCAAAGUAUUUAGUAGAUUUAGUUGAUGUACCGUGGGCAUUCAGUUCAGUAAAUCCUGUUUUACUCUAUGGAGGCGAGAUAAAAAGAUCAUUGACUUUGUUGGCGAAACACCAUCAUCAACGAGCAGUGGGCAACGCAACUGCCAGCUGAAGAAGAGAUCCUUCAGAGAAAAUGGAAGUGGAUUGGACUCACACUCAGAUAACCUGUAUCCAGCAUAGGAAGAAAGGCCCUCUCUUGGAAUCCACAGUGGCAGACCAAACAUGUGGAAUCAAUGGAAUAAAUGCCAUGGAAAGCUCUUGGCUACCUGUAUCUCAGGAGGGGCAACAGAUGAACCUAUCCUAACCUCAUACUUAGUUUCUCUUUUUAGCUUGAAAAUAAUUGUCUGUUAAUAAAUCUUUCAAUUGAACAUUUCAAAAGAGGUUUUUAUUAAUUUUAUAACUAUAGAAUGUUAGCUGAAUUUCAUCCAUUUCCAUUAUUUCUUUUGUGUUAAAACCAUAUUCUGGGUUUUACAAACUUAUAUUUUAAAAAACUUUGAUUCUAUGUCGGGUGUGAAACUGUAUAGACAAUUGAAAGUAUUAUUGCAGUUGAUUUAUACUGGUCAAAAAAUCAGCCUAUGAUGUGUAAGCUGAAAAAGGCUUCAGUCUUGCACUGUUCACAUUCGUUUAUUUUUCCAGAUUUUCUCAUUAAGAAAAAUAUUUUUUUUGCCGUGUUUCUUUGUUAAGAAAUAAUUGUAAAUAUUAUUUUACCAUAUCAUAAUUAUUAUAUAUAUAUAAUUCUAGCUAGUUUUUUUUUCGUCUUCAGCUAUGCUUCAUACAUUUUCUUUAACAUGAAUAAAUAAUUAACUGGAAAAGUUGUUAAUUAAUUUGUUAAAUAUUGAUAAAUUGCUGGUGAACUAAACUACAAAAUUGUGAUAUAUUGUUUAAUGAUCUUCUUAUGCAACUUUAUUUUCUGGUGCACAUUUCUUUUACAAGAUUUUUUUUGGGGGGUUCUUUCUCAUUAGAGUCAUUUGGUUAUAGUGUCUAACCCACCCUCCAAUUGUAAAGUACACAAUUUUAUCAUUGUCUUUAUAAUAGUGUCAUGUUUAGUUAUUUUAAAUAAGUUAACUUAAACUUUUUUUUCCCCUCAAAAAAAUAUGUUUGAAUUGUGAAAUAAGUUUUAGUUGUAUUUAUGUUCAACUCUUUUCCACACAAUGCCAGUUGUAGUUUUUGUGUGCAAUAUUUGCUAUUUCAAUAUCAGAUUAAAAUGGCACCAUACUGAUGUUUUCUGACUAUGUCAUCAUGUAUUUUUACAGUGAUAAGAAUAAACUUGUACAUAUGCUGUAAAACUGACUUCAAAUAUGUUGCAGUAUUUUGUUUUCAAAUCAAAUGGGAAAUUUAAAAAAAGCUUAACUAAAAUGAAACAAUGAAAAAUUGUAAGUACAUAAAAAUAUUAAUUUAAAUAAACAUUUUUGAUCUGUACUAGCUCACAGUGUUUCCCAAUUUUUAUAAUAAUUGUUUUCUCUCUUAGUUGAUUUUACUUUUAUUAAAUGCCAAAAUA